CAACGAAAACGAUCCAUUCCAUCGUUCAGCCCCCUAAUCCUCACUACCUGUUCCUCGUACCCCUCAAACUCCCCCUAGCGGCCGCACAUUCGUUUUCCAUCUACUCGUGUUUACCGCUCCUUCGUGGACUUGCUUCGGUGAUCCCUUGAUCAGCCUGUUGCUCGGGGGUCUCCCAUCCCCCUCGACGUGAUAAACAUCAUGGCACAACAGACGCCGCAGUCCCAGCCAUCGUUACCUUCAUUGCCGGCACAUUUGCAGUCUGACACUCACAUUACUGCUCACUUGGCGUCUCGUUUUCAUCUAUCAUUGCCCACGGCCAAUAUCAGCUCACAAGCUCUUGUUUCUCUGAACACUUACACUUCCCCCAAUGCUGCGAGUAGCGAGUUGGAGGCGAUUGCCGGGCGAAUGUGGAGGCGGUUGGGUGGCCGAGGCGAGAAUCAGGCGGUCAUCUUCUUGUGAGUCCUCGCUUUCCUUCCCUGUGGUCUGUAGUGGAAUUCCUGGUUGUUGGGUAAAAAUAAAAAAAUAGAAGGGUUUCACGGACCGUAUCUCCAUUCGGCAUUGCUAACAAACUCAUAGAGGUGAAUCUGGCUCCGGAAAAACAACACUUCGAUCCCAUUUACUCUCCCAUGUCUUGUCCUUCACCUCGACUCCCCUCUCACAGAAAAUAUCAUUAUUCACCUUUCUCUUCGACUCUCUUACAACGACUAAAUCCCUCACCACUCCCACCGCAUCUAAGGCCGGCUUGUUCCUGGAGCUUCAGUACGAUAACAUCUCCCAAACGCUUAUUGGUGGGAAACUUUUGGACCAUCGUUUGGAGCGUUCCCGUGUCGCCGGUGUGCCUACCGGGGAGAGAAAUUUCCACAUCCUCUAUUACCUGCUUGCCGGAACUUCCGAUGCUGAAAAAGCUCACUUGGGGCUCAACAAUUCUGCCACCGCGUCAAGCCAUAGGCAUAGCGGUGAUCUGUCGGGCCGUGGAGGCCAGAAGAGAUGGCGUUAUCUAGGGCAUCCGACACAGCUGAAGGUUGGUAUCAAUGACGCUGAAGGCUUCCAGCAUUUUAAGACGGCGCUCAGGAAGUUGGAAUUUCCUCGACAAGAAAUUGCCGAGAUUUGUCAACUUCUUGCUACUAUUCUGCACAUCGGUCAAUUAGAUUUCGUCAAUGGUCACACAACGCAGGCAAACGGAGAAGAAUCCGGUGCCAUGGAGGGGGGCGACCAGAUUGUGAGUGUCAGGAACAAGGAUGUGCUCGGAGUCAUUUCGGCAUUCUUGGGUGUCAGCACGGAGGCUUUGGAAAAUUGUUUGAGCUACAAGACGAAGACGUUGAAUCGGGAAAGGGUAACGGUCCUGCUCGACGCUAGAGGAGCUAGAGCUCAUGCGGACGAGCUGGCAAGAACCCUAUACUCACUACUGGUCACAUGGAUAAUCGAAUCUGCCAAUGAACGCAUCUGUGCUGUUGAAGACGCAGUCGCCAACACAAUCUCCAUCAUCGAUUUUCCAGGCUUCACACAAGUUUCCGCCACCGGCAGUACCCUGGACCAAUUGCUUAACAACGCUGCCACUGAAGGUCUGUACAACUUUUGCCUUCAAACAUUUUUCGACCGGCGAGCGGAGCUACUUGAGAGUGAAGAGGUCGGCGUCUCGGCUACUAGCUACUUCGACAAUUCCGAUGCUGUUCGCGGUAUUUUGAAACACGGAAAUGGAUUGCUUAGCAUUCUUGACGAUCAAACGAAACGCGGGAAAACCGAUGCCCAGUUUUUGGAGAGCUUGAAGAAGCGAUUCGACUCAAAGAAUAACUCUGCCAUUACCGUCGGAUCUGGUGCAUCCGUUGUUCCAGGUGCCGCUAGAAGUUUUACCAUCAAACAUUUCGCCGGAGAGGUAGAAUACCCAGCGAGUGGUCUCUUGGAGGAAAAUGGCGAAAUUAUUUCCGGUGAUCUUAUGAAUCUGUUCCGCGGAACAACUAGCACAUUUAUUACAGAGUUGUUCAGCAGCAAGGCUGUUACCACCGUUCACCACCCACGGGAAAAGACUGCCAUUAUGCAGGGUCAAAUUGCGUCAAAGCCUUUGCGUAUGCCGAGCGUGAUGCGCAAGAGGGGCGAGCGGCCAGUGCGUGGAGCUGCCGGCGACACUAGGGGCCCAGCUCUCGACGCCACCACUGAGAUCAAUACCGUUAGCUCCCCUGACCAAGGUGCGGCAGCUCAAUUUGUUAGCGCCCUGGACACAGUAACACGAUCCCUUAGUGGAACAAAUACCAAUCCUUACUUUGUUUUCUGUCUCAAGCCCAAUGACCGAAGGAUUGCCAACCAAUUCGAUUCAAAGUGCGUCCGUACUCAAAUCCGGACAUUUGGCAUCGCGGAAAUCUCGCAGAGGGUUCGGAAUGCCGACUUUUCCGUCUUCUUACCCUUCGGAGAGUUCUUGGGCCUUACGGAGGCUGAGAGCAUUAUCGUUGGUAGCGAAAGGGAGAAGACUGAGUUCGUCGUUGAGGAGAAGAACUGGCCCAUGAAUGAGGCAAGAGUUGGAGCCACCGGUAUCUUCCUCAGUGAGAAGUGUUGGCUUGAGAUUGCCAAUAUCGGGGAAGGGGGUAGUGCCGCUAGGAGGUCAAUGAUUGGCACCGGUUUUUUAGAUUCAGAUGACCAAAGCAACCCACUCACACCUGUUGGCGAACCUGGUGGUCGCGGUGGAGGUCUGUUCGGAGGAUCUGAUUCACAGGUAAAGCUAAUCCCUAGUCAUGGUGCUACCGGCCCGGGGGGGCUGGGAACACAUAUCUACGGUACUGGUGAUGGGAAAGGAGCUUAUUUCUCUAAGGCGGACGACGCGCGAUCCGAAGCGGCUGCAUCUGCCUUUCAUUCCGGUGAUAUGUUCAGGAACUUCGACACCCGGCAGCAGAUGGCGGAAAAGGGCCAGGCUGCUAGGGAACAGGAGAUCGAAGAGUUACCAGUUACAGCAGGCCGUAAGCGAUGGAUGUUUGGUGUAUGGGCUAUUACAUGGUUUAUUCCCGAUUUCCUUAUUCGCUGGAUUGGAGGGAUGAAGCGAAAGGACAUCCAGAUUGCGUGGCGGGAGAAGCUCGCUAUCAACUUUAUGAUUUGGUUCCUGUGUGGUCUAUCGAUCUUCUUCCUUGGUAAGCCUGAUACUGGUACGCGUGCGCGAUUGGGCAAUUGGCUGAUCUGGGUUUGCAGUUUGGUUCCCGGUAUUGAUUUGCCCCAGGCAAAAUGUCUUCACUCUUGAGGAACUUGCGGAUCACGAUGGGGGUAAAGACCACAUGCAAAAAACCGCAUAUGUUGCUAUCCGUGGCGUGGUUUUUGAUCUCACCGAGUAUACACCCUCACACUACCCACAGCUAGUCCCGAAGAAGAACAUUUUGGCCUAUGGGGGCAGAGAUGCGACUUCCUUGUUUCCGGUACAAGUGUCAGCUCUUUGUAAUGGUGUUGAAGGAACGGUCAGUCCAUAUGUAGCCCUCGACUUCCAGGGCACCAAUGCGACUGCCGACAGAGGGCUCGACAAGAAUGCUCGCUAUCAUGACUUCAGGGCAUAUACCAAUGACUCCCGCCCCGAUUGGUUCUUUGAGCAGAUGAUGCUUCUUAAGGCAAAUUACAGAAAGGGUGACAUGGGAUACUCGCAAAAGUAUGUCAAGACUCUGGCGACUAAAAAGAGUCAGGCUAUAGCCAUCCUCGGCGACCGUGUUUAUGAUCUUACCGAUUAUGCCGUCGGUGGGAGACGGCUCGAUCUUCCUUACAACCGAGACGGUAUUGAUACGACCAAAAUCGACGUCAAUUUUAUGGACACUAUGGUUGUUGAUUUGUUUACCCAACGCUCGGGGCAAGAUAUCACCAAAUAUUGGAACAUUCUGAAUAUAGCUGCGGAUAGGAAGCAUCGCAUGAAAGUCUGUCUUGACAACCUGUUCUAUGUCGGAAAAGUUGACACCCGUAACUCUCCGCAAUGUCUUUUCGCGCAGUACCUGCUUCUCGGUGUCUCCGUUCUGAUGUGUUCGGUCAUCGCUUUCAAAUUUUUGGCUGCACUUCAAUUCGGCCGCAAGAACAUGCCUGAGAACCUCGAUAAAUUCAUCAUUUGUCAAGUCCCCGCCUAUACCGAGGACGAGGAGUCUCUCCGUCGCGCUAUCGACUCGAUUGCUAGAAUGAAGUAUGAUGAUAAGCGCAAGCUCUUAGUUGUCAUUUGUGAUGGUAUGAUUAUUGGUCAAGGAAAUGACAGACCCACUCCGAGGAUUGUAUUGGACAUCUUGGGUGUCUCCGAUAGUGUCGACCCCGAGCCACUUUCCUUUGAGUCUUUGGGCGAGGGCCAGAAGCAACACAACAUGGGCAAAGUCUACUCCGGGUUGUAUGAAGUUCAGGGGCAUAUCGUGCCAUUCUUGGUUGUUGUCAAGGUUGGAAAGCCUUCGGAAGUUUCUCGGCCAGGCAACAGAGGAAAGCGUGAUUCCCAGAUGGUCAUGAUGAGAUUCUUAAACCGUAUCCAUUACAACCUUCCCAUGAGCCCUCUGGAGCUGGAAAUGCAUCACCAAAUCCGAAACAUUAUUGGAGUGAAUCCCACUUUUUAUGAGUUUAUGCUCCAAAUUGAUGCCGGUAUGUUGCUAAUUUGGCACCCAUAUUCACCUCUCGAUUUUGGUUGACUAAUGGGUCAAUUAGAUACUAUUGUUGCUCCCGAUUCUGCUACUCGUAUGGUUGCCGCAUUCUUAGCGGACACGAGAAUCGUCGCGCUUUGCGGCGAGACCGCGCUUACCAACGCCAAACACUCGUUCAUCACUAUGAUUCAAGUUUACGAGUACUAUAUUUCACACAAUUUGGCCAAGGCAUUUGAGAGCUUGUUUGGCAGUGUCACUUGCCUCCCCGGUUGUUUCACCAUGUACCGCGUUCGAGCUGCAGAGAGCGGCAAGCCACUCUUUGUCAGUAAGGAAAUUGUUGAGGCUUACUCGGAAAUUCGCGUGGAUACCCUUCAUAUGAAGAAUCUUUUGCAUCUUGGAGAAGAUCGUUAUCUGACAACCUUACUCCUCAAGCAUCACCAGAAGUACAAGACCAAAUACAUUUUCAAUGCCCAUGCCUGGACUAUCGCUCCCGAUUCGUGGAGUGUGUUUAUGUCGCAGCGUCGUCGAUGGAUUAAUUCAACCCUUCACAACUUGAUGGAACUGAUGCCUAUGCAACAGCUGUGUGGUUUCUGCUGUUUCUCCAUGAGAUUUAUCGUCUUCUUGGAUUUGCUAUCAACGAUCAUCCAACCAGUCACUGUCGGUUACAUCGCUUAUCUCAUCUAUCAAGUGGCCACAAGCUCCUCUGUCAUUCCCAUGAUGGCCUUUGUCCUUCUCGGAGCCAUUUACGGUCUACAGGCUAUCAUUUUCAUUUUGAGGAGAAAGUGGGAGAUGAUCGGAUGGAUGGUUAUCUAUAUCCUCGCCAUUCCUGUCUUCAGUUUUGCUCUCCCUCUAUACUCCUUCUGGAACAUGGAUGAUUUCUCGUGGGGUAACACUCGUAUCGUCACUGGCGAAAAAGGGCAGAAGAUUGUCAUUUCUGAUGAGGGCAAAUUCGAUCCCACCAGUAUCCCUCGCAAGAAGUGGGAGGAGUACCAAGCAGAGCUUUGGGAAGCCCAGACCCUCCGCGGCCACGAUGACACCCGUUCCGAGGUUUCUGGAUACUCUUAUGGGACUAAGUCUUAUGCACCAGCUCAGUCGGAAUGGGGUGGAUAUGCAGCGCACAGCAGACCGAUGUCCCAGCUUGACGUGCCGUUGCCGCGCAACCAAAGCCGCAUGAGCAUAGCACCCUCGGAAAUGGUUUCUCAACGGGGGUCUACUUUCUUCGGUGGAGGAGGCAUGGGUGGGGCUGAGCUAGAGAUGUCUACGAUUGAGCUACCUAAUGACGACGCGAUACUAGCAGAGAUACGGGAGAUCUUGAGGACGGCUGACUUGAUGACCGUGACGAAAAAGAGUAUCAAGGCGGAAUUAGAAAGGAAGUUUGGAAUGGGAUUAGAUGCCAAGCGAGCCUAUAUCAAUUCUGGUAUGUUUUCCCCUCCUAUCAUUCUGUCCUUACAUGUUUGUCCUAUACUAACCACACUUUCACAGCUACGGAGGCAAUUCUUGGAGGAAACUUGUAAUUUCGUUUAAGUUCUCGGUGUGGGUUUCAUGAUUGCUUGUGAACAUUGAUUGCUUUCAGUAAGGGCUGUUUUUCCACGAAUGCCAUCUUUUUCUUUUCCUAACAAGGUAAAUAAAAGGGGGAAACGGGAGACAGAAAAGGGUUGGCGGGGGCUAAUUAAUUAUUUGUUGCUAUCUUUAUGCAUGGAUUUGGAGUAGCGUGUCUUUCUCAAUUUUCUAUUUUCUCACUUUCAUUUCAUCUUCCUGUCCAGUAGUAUCUAUUUUAAAUCCCACUUGCUUGUCUUGUACUCUACCGAGAUCUAUUCCUUCGUUCCCACCUAUUACUCUUCUGCACAUAUAUCCUGUUUUUUGUCCGUUUCCUGUUUUGCUUUUUGUCGCUUCCCUACUACGGUACUCUCUUGCCUACUCGCGCACUUGGUUCCUCCAUCCGAUCAUGUUUCCAGUGGGUGAAGUGAGGGGGGGAGGAAGAAAACCACUCCCUUUUCAACUUUAUAGUUUACUAAGUUAUUCACGACCAUUACGGUUAGCCGUUGAGAUGAUAAUUCCUCUCUUCCUCGUGCUGGCGAAGGGAGUGUAGUUGAUGGAUGGAUGGUGUAUGCUCUUGUUCCCCCGCUAUUUAGACCUGAUUCUCGGGUUGUUUUUCUUAUUGCUAUUGUUCUGAUGAUUUUUUGGUAUUGUUGGGUGAUACGAUGAGUAUCAUGAGAUUGGACCCGCCAGCUUCUCACAGUAAUGUUCCGUCUAAGAGCUUUCUAGGGGUUGGGUUGCCCAGGUCGUACGCUUGCCCGUGGUAUUGGUUGUCGUGAGAACCAUGAAUUGCCCAACUAUUUCUCACUUGGUAUGCUAGUGGACGGUGAAUACUUCCAGGAAGAAACCCCCGGAACUAUGAAUUGGUUUUGGCCGUGAAGGGCCAAAUUAACCGUGAUGCCCCUCGAUCACGAAAGCUGUUUCGUCCGCGUGAGAGGUGUGAGUGCGACGCUUCGGGUUUGCUGGAGUGGUGUGGGGCGGCUUCCCUCGCGUUUCUCUUCCUUCAAUAAACUUUUUUUUUGUGCGAGUAUGAUGGGCCCGACCCGGGAGCCCGGCUCAAUGCCGCGAGCGGGACCAUCGUGAGCCAUAAAUAUUGUCUCGUAUUAUGGUUGUACCCUUUUUGUAUAAACUUAUAAAUGUGCCUGUGCCUGUCUGCCUUCAACCAUAUAGUUAUAACCCAUGGCUCCCUCCAAAUCCUAUUUCUCUCGAAGCCAAAUCCACCCCUUCCAGGACUCAUGGUCUGGAUAAGAUCGUUCCUUUGCCCGAAGGAACUACCUUAUCAGCUGCAAUUAAUCAAUAUUGAUAGUCCCUCCUCCUGAGGAUGCAUCUCCUCCAUUAUCCCUGGCACGGUAAUGUCAUGUGAGAUUCCUAGAUGGCACAGCGGUUAAGAUGUUAAGAUGUCAAGAGCCAAUUAAGCACUGCGCGAUUAGCUGGAGUCCGUGGGCUGGGAUGCCAUCUCGAGUUAUGAUGAUUCAGAAUGCCCCAUCACGCAAGGUAUGAUAAGAGAAAUGAUAAACCCUGCCCUAUGGGGACUAGGAGACCGAAGGCUCCAGCCUUCCUCAAUGUUACUACAGUAUUUUCUUUUUUGUGUCACAGAAUUUAAGGUGGUAUAAGGCAGGAAAAUAAAGGUUUCUUUGGAUCAUAUCAUACUACCGGUAUGAUACUGCACAUAGAUAUGCCCAAGUUUUCAACUAUACCCUUUCUCGUUCUUGCUAGUACUCUAUUUUAAUCCAUCAACAUCUCCCAAAAAAUCUGACUCAGCCUUUUUCCAUUCUUAUUUGCUAGAAUUUUGUUUUGUUUUGUUUUUCAAUAAUAUUAUCGUAAGAACUCGAAUAACUGUUACCAGUGCUAGGACGUUGGGCUUUCCUUGACUGGAAUGGUCCAGCCCGUUUUUGUCUUGAGUUGGGGCACAGGGAGUCAUAUUUUUCGAUGUUUUGCCCCCCCCCCUAUAUAUCCAAGAGAGGGGAUUCCAGACGUCCUAGGGUGAGUACCAAUCAUUCAAGUUCAUACGAUAGUGAAAACAAAAGGAAAAAAAAAAACUCUCCUGAAAUUGUGCUAUACAAUACCUGUUAGAAUAAUAUUAUUGCAAUAGAGCCUGAAUUCUAGUAAACAGAUGAGGUUUUCCUGAUAAAAAAAUACCGCAUUAAACGCCUGGCAUUUCUGAACACAUUCAUCUCUGGAGAUAGCAUAUAAGUUACGCCGUUUUCAGGAAAUAUUGUAGUAUUUUUUAUUCUUUUUGGUAAAGAAAGCCUCCCCUCCUCUAAUAUGCAGGAUGGUAUCAACUGAAAUGUCAGAGUUCUAUACAAACUCUCCGGUAUGGACAAGACUAAGCCAGGUUGGAGGGUGGCCGCUUACCCUUUCCUCACCAAUCUCCUCUUAAACUAAUCAU